GGCGACUUCGCGUGUCACGGCCCGCGAUGUCUCCCAAACAGAGAAAAAAAAGCUCCCCGCGAGAAAAAGCAAACCUCCUCGGACUCAUCUACUCUAACAUCUCCCACCAUACAAACCACCAAUUACCGCGAAAUCCACCUCAAUGAGGUGGAAGCUCUACGUUCAAUCUAUAGCGAGGACUUUGAAGAUGUGGAAAACCGUCGGUCGGCAUGGCAUCAAUCCUCCGACGUGACCUUCAAGCUUCGUCUUCGCGCCUCUUCAAAUCGUGAUGUCUGUCUCCUAAUCCUUGUUGAGUUGCCGGCCACGUACCCAAAAACAAUCCCAAAUAUCUUUCUCAAAAACCUUACCGAUUUUCGUGAGGGUGCCCGGGCCCGCAUUCAAGAAAUCGUGCGCUCAAAACCACCCACCUUACUGGGCAGUGAAAUGAUUUAUGAGCUUUGCGUGUCAAUCCAAGAUGUUCUCGAGGAUGUCGCCCAAGCCCUUGCGCAGAACAAAGACCUUCCAAGUCUCGAAGAAGAGCGCAAGGAACAGAAAGCAGCAGCCAUUCAGCGCGCAGAGCUUGAAAAGCAAGAAGAGAUGCGCAAGAGAGAAGCUGAAACGGCUGCAGAGGAGCGUGAUCUGCAAGAAAAGCUGCAGGACACCAUGCGACAGCGAACCAAAGCCCGACGACGCAAGAGCCGCACCGAUGGGAUGGAUUUGCAGAGCGUGGAUGACCUGGUAGAUAACACCCCAGGUGCCAUCUCCUUUGACCCACCGCUGGCAGUCAAUGACACCGAUGAGAAACCAAUGGUGUUCCCUGCUGUGCAUGGAAAAACGCUUCUGCGGUCUCACCAGAAUAAGAAGACGUUCACUGUGAGACCUGUUGUGCCUGAAGGGCGGUGUCACGUUCCAUUGUUGGUGCUAAAGGAGAUUUUCCUGAAUGAGAAAUCAUCAGAUGCCCUAGCAUUCCGUGAAAAGAUGCGCACCACUGAGGAUAAGCUUGAGAGCCUGAAACGACUUCGCCAUCCCAAUUUGAUUGAUUUUGUAGGAUUCAAAAUCAUUCGCCCUAUCGCAGAUCUCAACUUGAAUGAAAAUUCAUGGACUGUGUUGACUCUUUUCGAGUUCGCCAACAAGGGUUCUCUACUAGAGCUUCUAGAUAUGGUUGGUACCGUUGCGGUUGAGACACUUCGCGGUUGGAUGAUACAAAUUCUUGAAGCAUUGGAGUUUUAUCACCGCAAUGGGUUCGUCCAUGGAAAUAUUCACUGCGGGCAAAUUAUGAUAUGCAGACGCGUGUCUGAAAGCACUAUUGUCAAGCUCCAAUCUAGCAUUGAAGACGCUCUCCCCGACUCCCCAGGUGCAAAGCGUUCUUUGACCUCGUCCAAGUCGCCUUUAUGGAUGCCUCCUGAGCUAACCCAGGAAGGUACGCACCCAACUAUGAAGACGGACGUCUGGGAUCUGGGUAUUGUGCUACUACAAAUGGCAUUUGGAAAGGAUGUCUUGCUGAGGUACACUUCGGCUAAUCAGCUCAUGGUUUCCCUUGGUGUCUCUCCACCACUGCAAGAUCUACUUCGGGAGUUCUUUCGACCUGAUCCUAAGAAGCGCCCAACAGCCUUCCAACUCCAACCAUCAGAAUUCUUCCGCGUGGAUGCACCCUUAACCAUGCGUACCCGAGCGUCCAACUCUGUCUCAAUGCAAAGGAGACCCCGAUUGGAAUCCUUUGGCACCUUGCCGAUAUUCUCUCGCUAUCACAAUGAUUUUGAUGAAGCAGGCCAUCUGGGCAGAGGUGGAUUCGGUCAAGUUGUCAAAGCCAGAAACAAAUUAGAUGGUCGAUUCUACGCUGUCAAGAAAAUCUGUCAAUCAUCAGCUGCAGCGUUGAAGGAUACCUUAUCCGAGAUCAUGCUUCUUUCUCGCCUGAAUCACCCAUAUGUUGUCCGCUACUAUACGGCGUGGCUGGAGGAGGAUUUCAGUCAGAUUGAAGAAGACGCCAUCUCGUCUACUGACGGUGACCCCUUCAGUCAGGAACACCAGGGGUUCAGCACUGGAGGUCUUGAUUUCAUCAGUUCUAGCGGAUACCCUAAGAUUGAAUUCGCCGCAUCGGAUAGCGACGAGGAGAACGAGGGCACCAUAUCUGAUAACCGUCAUCAGGAUUCGCCUGGAUUUUUCGGAUCAGAAGACAGGGAUGAUAGUCUCGAAUUCAGCCCAUCGAGAUCAGGCUCAUACAGUCGCCCCAUGUCGACCACUCUGUACAUCCAAAUGGAGUAUUGUGAGAAGCAUACUCUGCGGGAUUUGAUCAAGAAUGGUCUUUUCGACGAUGUCGAUCGAUCUUGGCGUCUCUUCCGACAGGUUCUCGACGGACUAAGCCAUAUUCAUAGUCACGGUAUUAUCCAUCGGGACUUGAAACCGGAUAAUAUUUUCAUUGACGUCGCCAACAACCCCCGCAUUGGUGAUUUCGGCUUGGCUACCAGUGGACAGUUCAUGACAGCAGUACGCUCAUCUGCAGCCAAUGAUUUCGAGGGUAACUUCACACGUAGUCUGGGAACCACCUACUACGUUGCACCUGAAAUGAAGUCAGGAUUCUCGGGUCAUUACAACGAGAAAGUUGAUAUGUUUUCCCUCGGCGUCAUAUUCUUUGAGAUGUGCCACCCACUCCCAACUGGCAUGGAACGCGACCAAACACUGCGAGCGAUCAGAGAACCGGUUCAUGAACUCCCGGCUACUUUCCAGCAAUCAGAAAAGGUUGUUCAAGGUCAAAUAAUUGAGGCCCUUCUCAGCCAAUCGCCUAGUGAACGGCCUACAGCAGCCGAGCUUCUUUCCAGUGGCCGCAUCCCUCUCCAAGUAGAAGAGGAGACAUUCCGACGAGCCAUUGUGCAUCUGCUAUCCGAUCCCAACUCUCCUGACUACAAGAAGAUUCUUUCUGCAAUCUUCUCCCAGUCGCCGAAGAAAUUCGAGGACAUAGCGUGGGAUAUGGAUUCCCGUGGUUCGCCCGCAGCGAACGAGCUUCUUUUGCAAGGUCUCGUUAAGAAGAAGCUCACGUCUAUUUUCCGACGACAUGGGGCUGUGGAAUCAGAAAGACAGAUGCUAAUCCCACGUUCUCAUCACUAUGCCAACGGAUCUGUACGCUUAUUAGACGUCUCGGGUAACCUCCUGCAACUACCCUUCGAUCUCACAGUGCCAAACGCCCGGGCAAUUCCACGACAGGAUCCUUCGCUGGAGAAAACUUUUGCGUUCGGUACCGUCUACAGAGAUUCUUCUCAUGGUGGUGAGCCCCGGACUCAUAGUGAAGUUGACUUCGACAUCGUCUCCUACAACACUUUGGAUCUAGCCCUUAAGGAAGCAGAAGUGAUCAAAGUACUGGAUGAAAUCAUUGAAGAAUUUCCGCCUCUGCGAUCUACCUCGAUGUGUUUCCUGGUCAACCACUCUGACCUUCUGCAGCUUAUCAUGGAAUUCUGUCGCAUUACUCCUUCCCAGAUUCCCCUCGUGAAGGAGGUCGUCAGCAAGCUGAAUGUUGGGAAAUUCACGAUGCAAAAGAUUCGAAGUGAGCUUCGAUCUCCUGCAAUUGGUGUCGCCUCAACAUCGUUGGAUGAUCUCGCUCGUUUCGAUUUCAGAGACACUCCGAAAGAAACGCAGCGCAGAUUGCAAACCAUCAUGGAAGGCACAGAGUAUGCUGAGCGAGUGCCCGCCAUUAUGGCCCGUCUGAACGUACUCAUGACCUAUCUCCAAUGCUUCGGAGUCAAACGCAAGGUUUACAUCAACCCACUAAGCAGUUUGCAUGACAAGUUCUACCGCGGUAGCAUUCUGUUCCAAUGCGUCUUUGAUAGAAAACGUCGUGAUGUCUUCGCUGCCGGUGGUCGAUAUGACCGAUUGAUCCAAGAGUUCUCGCCCAAGGUCCUAUCAAGCAGACCGCAGGCACACGCCGUCGGCUUCAAUCUGAGCUCCGACCGACUUGGAUCAUCCAUGAAAGAGUACCUUAAAACCAAGGCUCAGUCAAAGGAACCAGAGACGGGCGCGGAGCUCUAUUGGACAACUAGCCGCUGUGAUGUCCUUGUCGCCAGCUUUGAUGCAACGGUGCUUCGUACCACAGGUGUCAAGAUCAUCGAAGACCUCUGGUCAAAUGAUAUCAGUGCUGAACUCGCCGUCGACGCUUCAUCUCUUGAAGAACUUCUUGCGAAGUACAAAGAACAUAACCACCGCUGGAUCGUUAUCGCAAAACACGACAGCAAAGAACGAGGAUUCAAAGUGCGUAAUCUCGUUCGUCGCGAAGAAAUCGAUAUCCGCAGUGCAGAUCUAGUUCCAUGGCUUCGAGCUGAAGUCCAAGCUCGUCAUCAUCGGGAGGGAACAGUGGAGAUCCGCCAAUCUCGACAACCAGGUCCACAGGACGCACUCCAAUCCAACGAGAAAGCGAACGACGUGCGUAUUCUGGUCCCGCAGCACCGGAGCAAGAAGACAAACCGCAGAAAUAUCAUUGAGUCUGCUUUACUUCGAUCCCGUGAGAUUGUUGAGAAUGCGCGAAAUGGCCCCGUUGCUGCUAUCGAUACUCGUGAUGAUGUUCUUGAUGCCAUCCGUGGUACCAGACUUUCGGAUCCUGAGAGUUGGCGCUCAGUUAUUCAGAAUGCGCCCUUGACGGAGCGUAAGUAUCUGGGUCAGGUUCAUGAGUUGCUUCGCGAUUUAGCUGCUGAAGCUCAUACGGAGAAUGAGCCUUCCGAGGGCUACACCAAUGCCUUUAUCUACAACUACCGGACUGGAUCUUGCGUCUACUACGAUCUUGGUCGGUCUUAA